UCGACGCAAGGGGGCGCUGUGUUAUAGGGUUUGUUUUUUUAUCAAAAUGGCGGCGACGAAUACAACAACAACGCCGGCGAAAAGCAGUCCAAGAGAUGCCCAGGUUAUGGCAGCUAUUCUUAAAGAUAUGGGAGUUAGUGACUAUGAACCUAGACUGAUUAACCAAAUGUUGGAAUUCACCUUCAGGUAUGUAAGUAACAUUUUGGAUGAUGCCAAAGUGUACUCCCAGCAUGCUGGAAAGAAAACUGUAGAUACAGACGAUGUAAGACUGUCAAUUCAGCAUCAGAUGGACCACACAUUUACUUCACCUCCACCAAAGGAUUUAUUAAUGGAAAUAGCCAGGGAAAGAAACAGUGCUCCAUUGCCGCUGAUAAAACCACACAAUGGACUCAGACUACCUCCAGAUAGGUACUGUCUGUCAGCAGUCAAUUAUAGAUUAAAACACCUACACAAAAAGCACACAUUAACAAUUCCAAAGCUCAACAUUGGUCCAGGCACCACAACUCUGGGUAAACCACUGCCAACUUUGAAUCUAGUCACCAAACCAUCUACUCCAAUGUCAAUAACAACAAAUAGGAUCACAACCCCAAGUGGCAUCUCCAUAGUAACAAAAUCAUCACCAGCUAUCACCAUGGUGACAACACAGGGAAUGAGUCAUUUGAUGAAACCAACACUGGCAACACCGAAUACAACCCUACAACCAACAUCAGUAAUGAGCACACCAGCAUCUAAGCCGAGUACAGUGGGUACACCGUUCACCGUCAGAAUAAUGCCGACCACCUCCAUGGCACCUACAGUACCAGCACACACAGUCAUCACAACGGGACUUAAACGUAAACGAGAAGAUGAGGACCAAAAAUAGCUUUGAGGAUUUGUCUAGGACCAUUUUUCGUUAUGAUAUACAAAUUCCAACAAUUGUUUUAUUCAUUUGUACAUCUGAACAGAUUUUUUUUUUUUUAGCUCAAUCAGUCUGUGUUCUGGCUGAUAACGUCAGUGAAUUAUUUGAAGAAAAUUAUGGAAUGAUAUCCACAGCUGGAGAUCUGACAAACAAUGAAAAUCACAACCAAGAGGGUGGUGAUUAAAAAUAUUAUUUAGUGGACAAUACAAAUGACGAACUGUUAUUUCUUUUAAUGUAAUAUCAAUUU